AUGGUUUGCCGUAUACUUUCUACUGGAUUUAUAUGUAUAAAUUAUUCAUGUCAUUUUAUUAAAUUGUUUAACACAAUAGGAGAUGUAAAUUUUAUUAAUUAUUAAGCUAUGGAGCUAAUCUUUCUUUUCACAGGCUCAAAGUAACGUUUUUUUCCUGAUGUUGCGGCCAGGGAAGGUCAAACUUCGUUGCGUAGUCCAAUGCAGACACGCUGUACCUCAAAAAGCUUUCUAAUAUUACUUUUUUCCAAAGCUUCAUUUACAGUGUCUGCUCACUAUUUUUCUAAUGAGUUGAAUAUCCGCAUGUGCGUUUUGCGAACUUGCGGUUAUUCUUCAUUUUCCCUUGGCGGCGAAGAAAAAAAAACUUCUGUGAAAAAGUUCUUUCUUCUCACAAUAAGUCAGACAUGGAUGACAGGUUGCUGGUAAAGAUGGUGAAGCGGAUGAUUCCGUCGGCAAAAAGAAGGUUUGGGAGGUCCUUGUCGACAGAAGAAGCCCUCCCAAAGAAGUUUUGACGGGAUCCGAAAACUCAGUGCAGUGCUUCUUAUCGUUACUUCGUGAAAAGGGGUACAGUAGAAAGAUCAAGUUCUGUUUUUAUUUCUUUAUUUUUUUUUAGAGUUUCUCUCUUUUUUUUCGAAAUUUUUCUUGUAACUGAGACUGAAGUCAAGAGUAAAUGCGCUCCUCUGGCCUCCGUAAUUCGAGUCUUGAGCCCGUUUGAGCGUCGUUCAAAAGCUCAUUUUCUUGGAUCUUUUGACAUUAUUGGUUGACAUUCUAUGAGAAAAAUUGGAAGAAACUUUAAAAAUAAGAAAAUUUGUGUUUUUCAGCGGCGAAGGCUUCAUGAGAAAAAGGAAACGAUUUUUUUUAGUGUUUUGCUGAUCGUUUUCUUUCUCGCCUUCGUACCUCUUGGGUUUUUCUACCAUGCCCUUCUCUUAGAAUCAGAGGUUUUCUUUUUUUUUCUGAUAAAAAAAGUAAUAGGAGAAAUAUGAUACUUUAAUAUUAAUUAUUACUGAACAAUUUUAAUUUCUCUGUACACGUUUUUUUGUAGGAACCGGAAGAAUUACAAUCACAAUUUGAUGCUUCGCGUUUUUACAGUGAUCUGUUGAAGUUCAAUCAAAGCGGUUCAAAUCCUUUUAUAUUCGAAUUGCAAAUAUGAAUUCAGAAUGUGCAUUUUUCCCAUCUAAUAUUGCAAAAACUCAUCCACAAUGUCUACGGAAAAUGCAAUGGCUGCAAAAAGGCUGGAGGUGUGUUUUUUUUUCUAAUUGGAUUAAUGAAGUGGGGAUUCGUCAACUAUUGAUUCUGAAAUUCAAGAUCACACACUUGUUAUUCGCAACAGUUGGUCGACGGAAGUCUUUGUUCUUUUCGGAGAUACCUCUCAGUAGUUGAAAGGUUCUGUCCGUUGGUUGACAACAAAGAAAUCAAUCUUCAAAACGAGGAAUUGCAUUUUGCUGAGGUCCGUCAUUCAAUGUUCAUUUCGAUUUUAAUAAUUUCAGAUAA